AUGGUCGGUCCUCCAACUAAGCGCCAAAAGCGCGACGAAGUGCCUGAAGGCAGGCUGCCCCAGAAGAAAUUCUUCCGCCAAAGAGCUCACGCAAACCCGUUCUCCGACCACAACUUGACCUACCCGGAAUCGCCUGCUGCCAUGGAUUGGGCGGAGCUGUACCCAGCAUACGCAGUAACAGAAGAGAAGGAAAACAAGGAUUUGUCUGCACAAGGAAAGAGCGUGGGCAAGAUCUCAAAGCAGGUAGAGGUAGCAGAUAUUGGAUGUGGGUUCGGUGGAUUGCUAUUCGCAUUGGCUCCAAAGAUGCCCGAUACAUUGCUAGUUGGCAUGGAGAUCCGUUCUGCAGUCACCGAAUACGUCCAGACAAAAGCCAAGGCAUUGCGCUCGCAACAUAGCGAGACCCAGGGCUACCAGAAUGUUGCCUGUCUGCGCGCAAACACCAUGAAGUUCCUUCCCAACUUCUUCAAUCGUGCUCAGCUCAGCAAGAUCUUCCUCUGUUUCCCGGAUCCUCAUUUCAAGGCUCGCAAGCACAAGGCCAGAAUUGUUAGCACGACACUCAAUUCAGAGUACGCAUACGUCUUGCGACCAGGCGGUAUUGUCUACACGAUCACCGACGUCGAGGACCUUCACAACUGGAUGGUGGAACACUUGGACGCCCACCCAUCUUUCGAGCGUGUUUCUGAAGCCGAGCAAGAAGCAGACGAGUGUGUGGCUGUCAUGCGCGAAGAGACGGAAGAAGGCAAAAAGGUGACGAGGAACAAGGGCAACAAGUAUGUUGCACUUUUCAAGCGCCUCGAAGAUCCCGCAUGGCCAUGAAAUAUUACGACCUCGCCUUUUCUCUCGGCAUCCUCCUCUAUCUCGAUCUGGUCUUGAUACCCACCUUUAUAUACGACAUUUUGUCAUCCUCCCAGCAGAAGAAGCCAUGUUGGAGCAGUGGCAUUACACCUGGUUGGACUGUCUUAAUUGUUUGAGGCGAAAGAUUCGCCCAACAAACAUGUGGAGACGUUCGCUUUACUCCAUAACGUCCUUCGUGUUUUUGUCCUCAGCGGACCGCAUGAUCUUCUGCCUGUGGCUAUGGAAUGAAAAUUACUUCAACUGCUCCGGCAUUAUCUUUUUUGUCGCCACAUCUCGUGGUUCUCAAUUUCUUCAGACAGCCACGGAACACGGGCUCAUAAGUUCGCACGGCAUAAAGCCUUACACGGCGCAAAAACACUUGACUGGCGAAGCGGAAACGAGC